AUGAAUAGACGACUUGCAUUUCAGAAUAAUUUGAUAUUUGUUACUAAUGCUAUAACAGCCUGUAAACUCGUGAAUGAGUUAGACAUUGUGUUCAAUUCGGAUGUAUCCUCGUUAGAUGUUGAUCCUGAUAAAGCUAAGGGUAUUGAACAAUUACCAGACGAUCAGAAGCGUCAGUUGUUGGAAAACUAUGCUAUAAAAAACCCUAAGUGUUCUGCUUUUCAUUAUGUCAGCUUGAUCAAAGGUUUACGUGUUGGGCGUUCGACAUUGACAAAGAACCCUCGUAAAAGUGAUGCUCAACAGGCCAAAGAGAUCCUCUUGGCCACAGAGAUAUCAUUACGAACAAAUAAUGUGGCGUGGGUCUAUGAUUUCCUCGACCAACAUGGUUUAGAGACAUUAGUCAAUUAUGUUUCUAGGGUGAUUCAUAUGGUUAUGAGUUUGAAAAGAUUUAGGAAGUGUUCCAUUUUAUCGACUGAUUUUCGACCAUCAGUGGACAGUAUGCAACAACAACGUUCUGCUCUUCUUGGAUCAUAUGGUUCAGAACAAUCAAUUUCUUUAAAUGACUUAUGCGAAGAAAUCCAUGAAAGUGAUCAAGUUGAGUCUGGAUUUUGGUGCUCUAGUUUAAGAAAGAAAAAGAAUCGAAUUUCCUCUUCUCCACAUGUCCCACACAUAUCCGAAUCAAUCAGAGAUAGUCUUCAUCAAGGUGUCAGAUGCUUUCGCGCUUUACUUAACAAUCAGCGUGGCUGUUCAAUGGUAUUCGAGCAUCCUCGUGCUGUGAAUGUUAUCGCUUUGUGUCUUUUACAUCCAAGCUAUCAAACAAAAACUCUAGUACUUGAACUUUUAACCGUUGUCUGCUUAAUUGCUGGUGGUCAUGAACGUGUUCUAAAUGCAUUUGAUAAUUUCAAAAAGGAGGUUGGAGAGUCAACACGAUUUGAAUAUUUAACGCAUUAUUUCUUUUCGCAUGAAUCUGAAUCGCCAGAUUAUUAUAGUAUGGAUUUCAUGGUAUCGUGUAUGCAAUUUUUCAACAUUGUUGUACAUUCAACGGAGGAUAUCAUGUUAAGAGUUUAUCUACAAGAAGAAUUCAGACAUCUUGGAUUGGUUAACUACUUAUCGCGAAUCCAUAAUAAAGCUGGUGACCGUUUUCUACGUCAAAUAGAAGCCUAUAAUGAUAAUGAAGUCGAUGUUGCAGUCCUACUAGAAGAUUCACAAAUGCGAGAUGUACUUCAACAGGAAAAAGAACAGGCAGAAUCAGAUCUUAUCAUAUUACAAACCCGAACAGCAACACUUCAAGCUGAGUAUGAAAGUAAACUGUCACAACUUCAACAAAAUAUGCAAGCUUUGGAGUUGAAAUGUCAAGAUUUAGAGAAUCAGCGUACAAAUCAAGAUGGUCAACUGUCUACAUUACGUGCUCAGCUAUUGGAUAAGGAUAAAAGCACAUCAGAACGUGAACGUAAUUUGAAAGAACGCGUGAGAGAGUUAGAAGAAUGUUUAAGUGCUGUCAAAAAUUCUACAGAGAAAGAAAAACCACAAAUAAAUGCUUUUGGCAUACCUCCACCUCCUCCUGCGCCUGGAAUGGGUGCAAUGGGUCCUGGUGUUGAAGGCGUUUCUAUCCGACCGCCUAUACAGACUCGAUACAAAUUGCCAUUAAUUAAUUGGGUUCUUUUAAAAAAUCAACAACUUCGUGGUACUAUAUUCGUUGGCAUGAAUGAUGAAGCUGUUCUAGAAACUUUGGAUACUGAGAAAUUUGAGAGUUUAUUCAAGUUGUCGAAUCAGUCAGUAGACAAUAAGUCGUCGUCAACGACAGGAUCUACUGCCUUAGUCAAUGGACUAGAUCAAAGGGAUAGUCGAGUAAAUAAAAAAGUCGAAAGGAAGUCUUUAAUGGAUUCCAAUAGGCAUCGUUGUAUUGGCGUAUUGUUGCGUUAUUUAGAAUCAGAGAAGUACACACCUGAACGUCUAUGGAAUGAUAUUAAUCGUUUAGAAUUAAGUCAAGAUGUUGCUGAUCGUAUUUAUCACCAAUUGCCGACUUCGGAUGAGAUGAAAACCUAUUUAAACUAUGAAUUCACUGAACAACGGCCUAUUGAAGAUCUUACAGAUGAAGAUCGUCUUUUAUUGCAUUUAUGCAAAGUUGAACGAUUAGGACCUAGGUUGGAAAUUAUUCUGUUCAUGAAUUCUUUCGAGGAUAAUUUAAAAGUUGUCAAUUCGAAAAUUGCCGCUGUACAAUCUGCUUCACUGGCCCUGAAAAAGAGUUGUAAAUUUAGAGCUAUUUUAGAAAUUGUACUGGCUUUCGGUAAUUAUAUGAAUAGUUCUCGACGUGGUAUCGCCUAUGGUUUUCGUUUGCAAAGUUUAGAUGCUUAUUGCCCGAAAACAUGCGGUCAGUAGUAACCGGGAUAUAUAUCUUGGCAGUGUUUAGUUGUGAAGAUAGUCCUAAGAAAGGAAGUUCUGCUAAUCAAAACACCAAUUAUAUUUAUGUAAUCAUGCAAGGUAUUAUGGGUUGUUGUCAUCUGUAUUGUUAUUAACCGUUAGCGUUCAUUAAAACUACUGUUAUCAUUCUUGUUUCAAGAGGUGGACUACUCUAAUGGAAAGGUUUUGUUGUUUAUAUGUGUAUUCGAAUGAUGUAGUUCUUAUCGAUGAGGAUUCUGAUAGGAAAUUCCUUAUCUUCUGAACCAUCUUACCGGAAUUAUGAAUAUGCGGGUUUUUCGUAUCCAUACUGUGAUUGCAUCAGUUUUCUCCUUUGUGUGUUUCCCGAGUGUCAGGUAGCUUUUACAAACAAUUGUGAUGCGUAGAAUCUUCGUUAGAUUCAUUUUCUUCUGAUUAUCAUAUAGAAAUUUAUUUCCCUUCUUAAGAACUGAAUUAGUUUACGCUAGUCCAUCAAAACCAUCCCACAUUUAUUUUUGAUUGGAUAUUAAUCAGUGACUAGUGUAAUGCGUCUAGUCCUUUUGUUCAGUUCAGACUGAAUUCAAUCACU